ACCGUCUUCAAGUCAAGCAAGACCCUCAUGAGCAGAUAAGGCGCGCGCCACGUCCACCACACACAAUGGGGACGUUGCCCGUCGCCCACAGGCUCUCGCUCGCCUCCGCCUUCCCGCCGCGCCACCGCCGGCCGUCGCCCUGCGCGCACCGCCGGCGCCGGCGGCAUGGGGCGGCCGUGGUGGCGUACAUGGAGCCGAACCCCAACUCGCCGGCCUCCGUCGCGGGCCGCCUCAUCGGGGCCCUCCCCGUGGUGGGCCUCGUGGCGCGCAUCCUGAGCGACGAGGGCGGCGUCGGCGGGGACAUCAUCGACUUCGCCGAGUUCCGCCGCCGCGUCAGCAAGAAGUGCACCGUCAUGGAUUCCCAGGCUUUCUACGACUUCAACGAACGCCGCGGCAAGGCAGGGGAUCCCUUCUACGUUCUUCUGUGCUGCUGGUUGGCCGCCGUUGGUGGUGGGCUGCUGAAAACGGAGGAGAUCUUGGAAGGCGUGGCGCGGCUCCGCCUCUCCAACGACAUCGAGUUCGAGGAGGAGACCUUCCUUGACAUGAUGAAGACGGCAAAGGAGAAAAGAGCAAAGCUGAAGGCUCCGGCGCCACAGAUACCAAUGGAAGCGAGGGCGGAGAAGGCUCUGGAGGCCGUCUACGUGUGCUGCUUCGGACAGGAUAUGGUGGAAGACGAGGACGUGAAGCUUCUGUGCACAAUGCUGAGCGCGGUCUUCCCCUCCGUUGGGAGGCCGGCGAUCGAGAGGACAGUGACCUCCAUGGCGAAGCAGGUGGCUGCCGGCGAGAGAAAGGGCCCCGGCGCCAAGACCGUGUCCAAGGAAGCAGCAGAGCGGCAGCUCAAGGACCUGGAGUUUCUCAAACAGAACAAGCUGGACUCGUCACUAUGAGCAUUUAGCAAGAGCACAACACAUUGAACAUUUUUGUCGGAUACUAGAUGGCAUUGUUAGUCCAAGAAACAGAAAAUCGCAUGGCUUACUAGUACUUGCCAUAGUUGGGAUAAAUUGGGGGCUUUUUUGGCUGCAAAUACGAAAUAGAUGCAGAAUAUGGUUUUUCGCAAAGACAUGCUAGGAGGUCAGCCAUGGUAGAUGGCAAGUUUGGGACACUGUUGACACAUGCGAAACAAUGGUCUCAAUUCUUUAGUAUUGCAGUGUGAGUGAGUGGGAGAUCGGAGCACUGUAAAAAGAUGAAGUUAUGUAUCACUCUAAAAAUGACUUGAUCUAAACGUAUAAAAUUGGAAAUUGACUUCUUUUA